CUUCCUUCUGCAACGCUCCCUUAGAAUCAUCAUCAGGUGUUGGUGUUUGGCUUCCGAGGUAAGUGAUGGGGAGAGCGAAUAGCCGUUGUUGGACGGCAUGGUUGGCUGUGGUUCUUGUGCAUUGGUGCCUCUGCGUCAGGGAAAGGAACGGGGUGGUGGUGGAGGCCUCCCAUGUGGUGUAUGAAUCCCUCCAGUCUGUUCCUGCUUCCGUUGUCGACAGUAAGUUGAGGACUGGGUAUCACUUCCAGCCCCCGAAACACUGGAUCAAUGAUCCAAAUGGGCCGAUGUACUACAAUGGCCUCUACCACCUCUUCUACCAGUACAACCCCAGUGGCUCGGUGUGGGGCAACAUCGUGUGGGCACACUCCGUCUCCACCGAUCUCAUCAACUGGGUAGCGCUCGAGCCGGCGAUCUACCCGUCGAAGCCCUUCGACAUCAAGGGUUGCUGGUCUGGCUCUGCAACCAUCCUUCCCGGCAACAGGCCCGUGAUACUGUACACUGGCCUCGACCCUCGUGAGAGACAAGUGCAGAACAUUGCGUACCCGAAGAAUCUCUCUGAUCCUUACCUCCGUGAGUGGGUGAAGCCCGACUUCAACCCUGUCAUUGCCCCGGACGAUGGGGUCAACGGCAGCGCCUUCCGUGACCCGACGACGGCGUGGCGUGGACCUAGUGGCCACUGGAAGCUGGUGGUUGGCAGCAAGUGGAACAAGAGGGGCAAGGCGAUUCUGUACCGGAGCAGAGACUUCGUGCACUGGGUCAAGGCAAAGCACUCGCUCCACAGCGCCAGGGACACCGGCAUGUGGGAGUGCCCGGACUUCUACCCGGUGGCGUUGAAGGGGACGCGAGGCCUAGAUACGUCCGUGUAUGGCCAUGGCGUGAAGUAUGUGCUCAAGGUCAGCUUGGACAUCACGAGGUACGAGUACUACACGGUGGGGAAGUACUACCACGACAAGGACAAGUAUGUGCCCGACGCAACGUCGGCGGACGAUAACACCGGCUUGAGGUAUGAUUACGGCAACUUCUACGCUUCCAAGACCUUCUUCGACGGGAAGAAGCAGCGAAGGAUCCUGUGGGGGUGGGCCAACGAGUCGGACACCUCGGAUGUCGAUAAAGCUAAAGGUUGGGCGGGCAUUCAGAUGAUUCCAAGAACCAUUUUGCUCGACAGCAGCGGUCGACAGCUUGUGCAGUGGCCGAUCGAAGAGAUUGAAUCUCUCAGAGGCAAACACGUUGUUGUCGAGCACAAGAGGAUCCCAAGUGGUGGCUUCUUCGAAGUGACCGGGAUAGACUCUUCACAGGCGGAUGUAGAGGUGAGCUUUGAUGUCUCAGGCUUGGAGAAAGCUGAGGACUUCGAUCCUUCUUGGGCGACUGACGCCGAGGCACUCUGCGGCCGGAAGACAGCAGACGUGAAGGGUGGGGUUGGGCCAUUCGGAGUGCUGGUUUUGGCUUCAGCCAACAUGGAAGAGAAGACUGCUGUGUUCUUCAGGGUCUUCAAAGCUUACCACAAACAUGUAGUCCUCAUGUGUCAUGAUCCUACCAGGUCCUCACUGAGGGCAGGACUGUACAAGCCAACCUUUGCAGGCUUCGUCGAUGUCGAUAUAGCUAAAACUGGCAAGAUCUCCUUAAGGACCUUGAUUGAUAGCUCUGUGGUGGAGAGCUUUGGGGCCAAAGGCAAGACAUGCAUUACUUCCAGAGUUUAUCCCAGCUUGGCUAUCGGAGAAGAUGCCCACCUGUUCGUCUUCAACAAUGGAUCAACUGAUGUCAAAGUCUCCGAGUUGAAUGCAUGGGAGAUGAAGAAACCUCUGAUGAAUGGAGCAUAGUGAGGCAAUCAUUGAAGUGUCCACUUCUACAAUAAGUUUUCGUAGCUUCUUGUCCACUGCAGUGUUAUCCUUGAAGGUUCUAAUUCCAGUUAUCCUUCAGAGUUUAUUGAA